CUGAUCAGCGACCAUUCGGCAACAUUCAAUUUUUCAUUCGCGAAGUUUGUUUGCACGUGCAUUUAGCACUGUCCCUAAAAGUGAUAACGAAAUUGUUAUUCUACAGCCUAUCGCAGCAUUUAUCGGGUUUAAUUAAUAUUGCACACUAGACUCGAAGGAUGGCCCUCCCACUGCUAGCGAACUGCGGUCUGAGUAACCAGACACUACCCAGACUGACCUUAAUCAAACAGCAAACCGCAGUCGACGGUAGCUUCCUGAUUGCUUCCGUGCUCGGACACAGGCUCAAAUCGGACAAAGACACCCGCGUUUUGCUAGUGGCGGCACAGCAUGGCUACGGUCACUACAGCAGCGCGUGUGCGAAACUAGCCUACAAUCUGGGACCGGCACGUGAUUCCGGCCAGCUGUUGGUACUGGACGUGGGAGCAGAGCUGACCCAGAACUAUCCCGUCUGUCCGAAUGUGGACACCGUUCGGGAGCGAAUUGAGACGGUGCUGGCUGCAUCACCGAAGGUGACCAUCAUCAUUGACGAUCUGACGUACCUGCUGAACUACGGACACACCGAGACGGAGUUGAUCCAGCUGGUGGAGCAGUUCGUCGCUCGACGAGGUCCCGAACAGUCAUUUGUCAUCAAACUGAAUACGGCGGACUUGUUCGAAUGGCUUUGCGCUAAUUUGGACGAUUUGGCCCAGACGGAGGUGCGACUGGAGACGCUUAGUUCGGGUAAUUUUCGGGAGGUUGACGGUCGGUUGAGUGUCAGUCGAAUGGUGGGGGACGAUGAGUUGAUUUGUUUGAAGCAGCAGGAGAAAUCGGUGCUCUACAAAGUCAACGAUCGGAACGUGAAGGUUUUUGUGCCAGGGGAAAUUGGAAUUAAACAUUUGUAAUACCUAUGAAGAUUUUUACGGUGAGUACAGA